AUGCAGCGCCAGAGCGCGCGCGGAGCGAUCGGCGCGCGCGUGUUGAACGUGGCUGAGAAACCAUCGGUGGCGAAAGAGAUCUCGCGCGUGCUGUCGAACGGACGCGCGAGCGCGCGCGAAGGGACGUCGAGGUAUAAUAAAGUCUGGGAAUUCCCGUACGAAGUGCGCGGUCGGCGGGUGACGAUGGUGUUCACGUCGGUGACGGGGCACUUGAGUAAUUUUGAAUUCGCCGACGACAGGCACAGACGGUGGAACGGCGUCGAUCCGCGAGAGCUGCUCGUGAACGCGGCGGUGGCGAAGCGGGUGCCGGAGGAUAAGAGACAGGUGGCUGAUAAUGUGAAACGAGAGGCGCGAGGGUGCGAUUCGGUGAUUUUAUGGUUGGAUUGCGAUCGCGAGGGAGAGAAUAUCGCGUUUGAGGUGCUCGCGGCGUGUCGAGAAGCGAAUCGGGGCAUCGCUGCGUUUCGAGCGCGGUUUUCGGCGCUGAGUCGGGGUGAUGCCGACCGAGCGUUGACGAAUCUCGUGGAACCGAACCAACACGAGUCCAAGGCGGUAGAUAUGCGCAUGGAGUUGGAUUUGAGACUCGGCGCGGCGUUUACGCGAUUCAACACGUUGGCGUUGCAGCGCGCAGGCGUGGGGCUGCCGGUAGACGAUAAAGGCAAAUCGAUCGUGUCGUACGGGCCGUGUCAAUUUCCCACGCUCGGUUUCAUCGUGCAAAGGAAGUGGGACAUUGAUGCGCACGUGAGCGAAGAUUUCUGGGCCAUCAAGUGUUCGCAUUCUCGCGAAGGCACAACGACGCAGUUUGAAUGGAGCCGCGGAAGGUUGUUCGAUCGUGCUUUCGCCUCUGCGUUGCAUGACCUGUGCGUGCGGGCCAACUCUGCCACUGUCAUCGACGUGGACGGGCAAGAAAGCAAACGUUGGCCACCGCAUCCCUUGAACACCAUUGAGAUGCAAAAGCGCUUGAAUAGAGUGUUGCGCAUUUCCCCCGAGCAAAUUAUGAAGAUUGCUGAGGACUUGUACAACGAUGGUUUCAUCUCUUAUCCGCGCACGGAGACAGACAAAUUUCCAAAUGAUUUCGAUUACGAUGGAACGCUGCGCGAGAUGCAUCAGCACCCGCAGUUUGGUUUUUACGUCGAGCGAUUGACGACAGGCGGGCAGUUUCGACGACCUCCGGGCGGCACCAAGGAUGACAAAGCGCAUCCCCCCAUCUACCCAACCAAGCUCGCCACGGAUGCACAGUACGCUCAAAUGCGCAACAAAAACCACAACGCCCCUAAAGUGUACGAGUUCGUCUGCAGGCACUUUUUGGCCACAUGUUCAUAUCCAGCUGUGGCGUUGAAGACGCACGUGGAUGUCGACAUCGCCGGCGAAACCUUCCGUGCGACAGGCGUGAUGAUUCGUGAACGUAACUAUUUGGAUAUCUACGGCCCUGGUCCUCCUGAAGGUCCACGGUUAGCGCCGACUUACGAUAACUGGGGCAAUAGCACGCUGCCUGUGUACACCCCAGGAGAACAAUUUGUCCCAACUCUGAAUUUACACGAAGGAUCGACGAGACCUCCAGAUUAUCUCAGCGAGGUGGAUUUGCUUUCGCUCAUGGAGUCACACAUGAUCGGAACAGACGCUACGCAGGCGCAGCACAUAGAAAAAGUAGUUGGCGAACGAGGAUACGCUCGAAAAGUGGGCGAUAACAGAUUGAUGCCGACAGAGCUAGGGGAAGCGCUGGUUCUCGCCUACGAUCGAAUGGGAGUCGCGGACAUGUGGCUGCCGACGAAACGAGCAAAGAUGGAAGCGGAUGUAGACGCUGUCGCACACAACCGGAUGGAUCCCAACGCAGGUUUGCGACUGCAUUUACAAACUAUGCUGCAAGCUUACGACCGUGUCGCGACUGAUGAAAACAUGUUGACAAACACCGUCGGAUCGUACAUG